AUGGAUACAAGUGAUUAUUAUAUUCUUAAUGGAAAUAAAUUUUGGAUUACAAAUGGACCAGAUGCAGAUGUAAUUAUUGUUUAUGCAAAAACAACUCCAAAUAGUGAAAAACCUCAACAUGGUAUAUCAGCAUUUAUUGUUGAAAAAAAUAUGGAAGGCUUUUCAGCAGGAAAAAAACUUGAUAAAAUGGGUAUGCGUGGAUCAAAUACAUCUGAACUUAUAUUUGAAGAUUGUAAAGUUCCAGCUAAAAAUUUACUUGGUAAAGAAAAUCGUGGUGUUUACGUAUUAAUGAGUGGUUUAGAUUUUGAACGUCUUGUACUUGCUGCUGGUCCUGUUGGUUUAAUGCAAGCUUGUUGCGAUAUUACUUUUGAAUAUGCACAUACUCGAAAACAAUUUGGUAAACCAAUAGGUACUUAUCAAUUAAUACAAGGAAAAAUGGCUGAUAUGUAUACAACAUUAAAUGCUUGUCGUUCUUAUUUGUAUUCAACAGCAAGAGCAGUUGAUAAAAAUAUUAUAAGUAAUAAGGAUUGUGCCGGUGUUAUAUUAUAUUGUGCUGAAAAAGCUACACAAUUAUGUCUUGAUGGUAUACAAGUUCUUGGUGGUAAUGGAUAUAUCAAUGAUUAUCCAACAAGUCGUAUUUUACGUGAUGCGAAAUUGUAUGAAAUUGGUGCUGGUACAAGUGAAGUUCGACGACUUCUUAUUGGACGUUCUAUUAAUGGGGAAUAUGGAAUAAAAUCCUAA